AUGUUAAACGGUUUGCUCAAAACCGAACUUGGAUUUCAAGGGUUUGUUGUAACAGACUGGGGAGCACAUCAUUCUGGGGUAGCCUCAACUCUUGCCGGUCUCGACAUGGCAAUGCCAGGUGCUACGGAAUAUUGGGGGUCACAUAUGAUUGACGCUAUCAAGAACGGAUCUGUGCCUGAGUCUAGGCUUGAUGAUAUGGCUAUAACUCGAGUCCUGCUCCAGCUAUCCGGACUAUCCAAGUAG